AUUUCUCUAGUGGGGAGAUUAAUCAAAGCUGUUUUUGCUCAAACCAAUAACCAAUAAUUCACAUCUCAAGAUCAACUUCUCACUUCUCUCUUCCAUUCUUUCAAAAUAUCAAUACCCAUUUUUCUAAUGAAAAAUCCUUUUUGUAAAAAUGGUAUUACAGUUAAUGUGGAUUUAGAUGUUCAUGCAUGUCUGAUUCACCCUGGGAAAAUAUUUAAGGAAAGUCAGUAAAAUACAGCAAAACACUUGAGGCAGUAAGCACGCAUUGAUAAAGGAGCAGAUUUGUAAAGACAAAAACUAUAUGGCCUGUCUUAUUCUUCUUUGUUUCAUUGUUCACUGCUCUUUGUCUUCCACUUUGCCUAUUUGAGUUCCUUUUGAAAAAGAAAAAAAAAACACCUUGUCAUCAUCUCUCUGAAAAUUUUUGUAUCAAUUUCUAUAGACCACUUUAGAAUCUUGGGAAAGUUGUGGCUUUUGGAGGUUCUUAACACAAGGAAAGGAAUUCAGUAAUGGAAGGUGAUAGGUAUAGUUAUAGCAGGCAGGGGAGUGGUGUAUGGAGAUCCUUGAGAGAUGGGGAUUUUGAGGAAGAAGAUGUUUGGGCAGUUCUCAAGGAAAGAAAAGAUUCUACUAACAAACUUGGUCAACAAUCCAUUGAAUCAUCUGUUCCUGUUAGAAGACAUCUCCCAAGUGCUGCAAGGAUGAUCCCUGGAACUUUCUCUACUAUUAAUAACAGUAGCAAUAUUGGCAGUUCAAGCUCCAGUUCCAGUCAUGAAGCUAAUGGAGUUAAACAGCAAUCAGCUCCUGUCAACAUCCCUGAUUGGUCUAACAUCUCUAGAAACAAGUCAAAGAAGGGUCCCAAUGGCUUAUGGCAUGAUCAUGAUGAUGGGGAUGGUGAUGGGGUUUUGGUUGGUUUUGCAGACAGUGAUGAUGAUGAUGAUGAUGAUGAUGAUGAGUACAAUUCAAAGUUGCCACCACAUGAAUUCCUUGCUAAGAGGCUUGCAAGGAGUCAGAUAUCUUCUUUCUCGGUUUUUGAAGGUGUUGGGAGGAAACUCAAAGGGAGGGAUUUGAGGAAAGUGAGAAAUGCAGUUUUAACAAAAACAGGUUUCCUUGAAUAAUGGUCAAUGUUAAAGCUUUUCCCCAUUGUUGUAAUUCAUAGAUGGUAAAAUGUCAAAUGUGGAACUGUUUUCAAUGUUGGUAUUUUGUUAGUCUAGUGUUUAUGUAUAGGGAUUUUGAAUGAACAAAUGAUCAUUGUCAGAUGUGUUUUUAUUAGAAAAUAUUCAAUUAUAGCCAUGGAUUUGAAUUAUCAGUGAAA